GGAGAGUGGGUGUGAGAGCGCUGGGGGCUUUCUCGGCUUCUGUGAUGGAAGCAGCCCUCUGGCAAUAAGCGACUGAGGAAGGUGUCUGGGCAUGUACGGCACGAUGUCUCUGAGGAACGAAGCAAACAGAGGGAAGUACAGCAGCUGGCAAGACACAAGCCACCAGACCCGCUCCGUCUCCAGCCGCCCCUACUACAGUUUGCCCAACAGCAGCCAUGAGAGACGCUCAGUCCUCACUAUCACGGAGCCGCCGCGUUUCCACUCCCAAGCCAAAGGCAAGAACGUGCGUCUGGACGCUCACUCCCGCAAGGCCACGCGGAGAAACAGUUUCUGCAACGGGGUCACCUUCACCAACCGGCCCAUCCACCUCUACGAGAAAGUCAGGCUGAAGCUGGUGGCUGUGCACCACGGCUGGAGCGGGGCCCUACGCUUUGGCUUCACCAUUCACGACCCAUCGCAGAUGAGCUCUGACGAGAUACCAAAGUACGCCUGUCCGGACCUAGUGACCCGACCCGGAUACUGGGCCAAAGCUUUGCCAGAGAGGUUUGCUGUGAGAGACAAUAUCUUGGCCUUCUGGGUUGACCGUCAUGGGAGAGUCUUCUACAGUAUUAAUGAUGAAGAGCCAAUAUUGUUUCACUGUGGUAUUAAAGUUUCCGGUCCUCUCUGGGCACUCAUAGACGUCUAUGGAAUCACCCAUGAAGUGCAAAUACUAGAUAGCAUGUUUGCAGAGACCAUGACCACUGCCCGUCUCAGCACUGCCCGUCUCAGCACUUGCCUUCCGCAGAGCAACCAUGAUUCAGCCAACUUCAAUAACAACGAACUGGAGAAUAACCAAGUGGUGGCCAAAAUUGCAAACCUAAACCUAAGCCGGGUACCAGGACUUGCAACAGACAACCACAUCAUCCCCUGUUGCCCAAACCGACGGCAGCGUGCCCAGGGGGUUCCAGCCUUCCUGGACACAGACCUGCGAUUCCACCCCACCCGUGGACCUGACAUCACCUUUUCUCAGGACCGGAUGGUUGCAUGCACCAACUGGCAAGAAAGCAAUAGGACUUUGGUGUUUUCUGACCGGCCUUUGCACAUCGGUGAAAGCCUGUUUGUGGAAGUAGGACAUCUUGGGUUGCCGUACUACGGGGCCCUUUCGUUUGGCAUCACUUCUUGUGAUCCGAGUACUUUACGGACAAAUGAGCUCCCAGCAGAUCCGGACUUCCUCUUGGACCGCAAGGAGUACUGGGUGGUUUACCGAGCAUUCCCAGUCCUCAACAGCGGCGACAUUCUCAGUUUCAUGGUCUUGCCGAAUGGAGAGGUGCACCACGGGGUAAAUGGAGCAAGCCGAGGAAUGCUCAUGUGCGUGGACACCUCACAGUCUCUCUGGGUGUUUUUUACAAUCCACGGUGUAAUCAACCAGCUCAAAAUACUGGGCACUGUGCAGUCCAGCCCAGUGACCGUCUCUCCCUCAGGAUCUCCUGGAGGCUCACAGUAUGACAGUGACUCGGACAUGGCCUUCAGCGUCAACAGGUCGUCGUCUGCUUCAGAGUCAUCGCUUGUGACUGCUCCCAGCUCCCCCCUGAGUCCCCCCAUCUCUCCUGUCUUCCCCCCUCCGGAGCCAACAAGCAGCAAGAACGGGGAAUGCACCGUCUGCUUUGACAGCGAGGUGGACACGGUGAUCUACACCUGCGGACACAUGUGCCUCUGCAACACCUGUGGUCUUAAGCUGAAGAAGCAGCUCAACGCCUGCUGCCCAAUCUGCCGACGGGUUAUCAAAGAUGUUAUUAAAAUAUACCGCCCUUAGCGCCCGGCUCGGGCUGUAGGAAGGGGGAACGCCGCUAGCAGUAACCAUGCCUUUCCGUCCCUGCUUAUGGGUUAUCGUGCUGGUCAGUCGUUAUCAAGUGGCUCGUUAUCUGUGUUUCCUUAUUUGACUGGUAGGGCACAAUUCAGGGAUAAAAUUGAGCUGAGGAUCACGUGGGGCCCAAAGGCACGGCUGCCGUGUGCCCACGGGCGAAUCCGGGGAAUCGUGGUCUGGACCCAACCCAGCUGCAAAUGAGAAAUUUCCCAUGCAAAGGCUCUUUUUUUCCUCCUCCUCCUCUGGAGGAGGCUCGCUGUGGUGUGGAUCGGGAAGGGGAGGUUGCCACUUGGUCAGUGCCAGGUGCCACUGGGCUUCCCAACCCCAAAACCCCAACAGCUCUGGGCUGCUGCCGGGUGCUUGCGCUGUGGUGGAAUAAAAUUAGGACAAGGCCCAGUGGGAGGGCAAAGUAGACAAAACUGAUCUGGAAAUGUCAUGUUCAUCCACGUAAGGGGAACUAGCUAAGGCCAAAAUAGUAGCACAGCUAGGUUCUCACUUGUUUGGGUUUUGCCCCCCUGAACAGGCUUCUGGGGCACGUGGAGAAGCUGGUCUGGACUUAGCUAAAGCAGCUUUUGCUUUUUUGUGGCAGAGCAGGGACUUCUCGCCAGGGAGGCUGAGACCCAGGGAGCAGUCACGGGGUAGCAGUGAGGAGCAUGAGCCCGCUGAGAGCCCCAGCCAACCCCAGCUGCUGCGGCAGCAGUGGUGGAGCAGCGGGCAGCCGUGAUGGGCUGUUCAGGCACUGCCCGUAUGUCUGGCUGCUGAAGCCGUAACUUGCAGCCCAUGGAUUAGAGGGGCGUUAGGAUGGGCACGCUGCAAUCCUGGCUUAGAAAAAGCACGGGGCUACCACCAUCUGCAAUGAUGGUGUUUGUCACCUCCAGGGACAUGCGCCUGCAUUUUGCUCUGCUCCUCUUCGCAGGCGACUUAGCUGCUGUCUCACGCCAUCCUGCCCGGCUCGCCUCCCCUAGCCCUUCCCCUGCAGCCAGUGCCGCGGCAGGGCUCAGCCUUCCUCCCGCCCCACCACAGGGACUUCUUGGAGCCUGUGGUGAGAAAUUCAUUUCUGAUCCAGUCCCAGAAGGCUCACUUUUUUUUCUGGGGACUGUGUAUGUGCUGAUUUUACCUGCUCUUUCUCACACCUUUCUAGGUUUCCCAGCAGAGCUCCCAGCUGCCCGGACGCUGGGUCCCAACAGUAGAUGGGAAGUUGUUGAGAUGAACAGGGAUCUAUCUCACUUGGCUUUAUUUGGGAGGAGGAAAGAAAAAGGCUCUGGGUCUAUUAUUAGAUGUUGGGACUUAAAAGGUAAAUGGGUUUCAGCUGUGAUAUUAGGCAGCUACAGGCAGCAGCAACCUGGAUGAGCUGUGCAGCAUCUGAACAUGCAGCAUUGGGGCUGAUAUGAGGAGCUUGGUGUCCUCCUCCCUGCUGCUCCAGCAGGAGCUGCCCUCCGUUCUCUGUCCUCUGCCCUCUGCCCACUUACAGGGCUCCUGUGCAGUCCUUCAGCCUGCGCCUGGCCAUCUCCAGCUGGUCCAGGUUCAUAAAGAUGGGAAGAGAGAGAAUGCAAAUGGGAGGAUGAGAGAGGGGCUGGUGUCAUUCUAGCUCAGUCACCAUGUGCCACCAAGUGCGUAAGAAUGGCUUUCUUCAGAAAGGUGCAAUUACCACAUUUUAGACCGAAAAAGAAAAAAAGGAAUAGCAACCCCUGUACAUUUCAGGGCUUCUGGGCACAGAGGGGCAGUCUGACGUUGUCGGUGUCUGUCAUCUCACCUCGCCAUUCACUCUCUCCUCCGAGGUGCCGGUAGCCGUGGGUGCACCGCCGCCUCUUGCAGCACUGCUGCCUGGGUGGUGGUUUGGUGGUGCCGGCGGUGCCGUACUUGGUUACCGAUGGGUGCUCAGCCCCGUCCCAGCCCCGCUCUGCCAUCAGGGAGAGCACACCCAGGGGAGCAGCUCAUCCUCCUCCCACACCAGGCUGUGGCUGCCAGCAAACAGGGCACAGAGAAAAGCUUUUUUUUUUAAUCUUGAAGAGCUAAUUAACAUUUUAAUUAAGUGUAUAAAUGGGAGGCUGCUGUAGAGUGAGAUCUCUCACCCAUUGCCCUGCUGCAUGGGCACGAGAGCCUGCUGGCUUCGCAGAGCCCUUUUUGGAAACUCGGCUCAUGCCACUGGCUGUGCCGCCGCCGAGCGUGCUCAGCCCUCAGCAGAGCCACAGGCACUGCGACCGCGGCGUGAGUUCACUUACACCUUUGCAAAAGGAGGCAGCGAAGGCAGCUCUCCCGCAGCUGGAGCCUUGCCCAGACCUCCAGGCUGCCCUGCGCCCGGGGACUGCGGACAUUGCCUUUGCAGUGACCCCCCCGGUCCCGCGUUUGCAGAUCAGGGUCCGGCUGCAGUCAGUGGGCACAGCUCUAAGAGCACAAUGAUGGCCAAGUACGUGAGCAUGAAAUGAAAGGCCAGGUGGGUUGGUGCCUGCCUGGUGAAUGGGUUGCGGCGAGAAGCCUUUGCAUGAUGAGGAAUUCAAGGAAGGUUCUCUGAAUCCACAGCGAGCAAUGCUAGCUUGGAUCAGGUCUAGGCUAGCAAACGCCAGCAGCCGUCCUUGGGGCUGCUGUCCCAGUUUCAGGGGUGCCCUGUCCCUUUCAGUGGCUGCACGCAGCUAAGUGCACGAGCAGAGCGGAGCCCGUUUGCUUGGCUGACACCUCAAGUCCUCAAUGAGCGGGCCUAACUGCAUACCUGGGGUGGGGUGGUUUUUUUGGUGUAGCUCUUUUUCUUUUUUAAGCCAGCAAGGAGAAAUACCGAAUCCACCCCAGGCUGUGUCUGAGCUGUUCAGGACACGUUGCACAGGUUGAAUUUUUGCUGUAGCAGCCGAGACCGGUUUCCAGAAGGGCAGCAUCCAGUGGGGCCAGCGAGGGAGCCAGCUCAGUCAGGGUCCGGAGCGUGGCCAUGCAGCGACCGGGACGUGAGAGCAGUGGACGUGUCACCCUGCCUAUCCGAGAGCAACAGGAAUUUUCCAAAAUAGGCCUCUUAAAAAAAAAGAUUUCCAGGAAAAGGUAGCCUCUUACAGAUUUAAUUGUUAGUACUUGUAUUGCUAUUUUUUUUAAACAGUCCGAUGAUACAUGAUUUGUACAGAAGAUCUGUUUGUGCCUUAUAAGGGUGUCUGUGCACUUUUUAUCCUUUUUAAAGCAACUUUUAAAAAGAAAAAAAAAGAGGGGGAGAAAACAACACAGAUCAAUGGUAGUUUUAUAGAAUUUUGUGUUCACUGAGAAUCCUGCUUUUUUUACAUAUAUAUAUUGGAGUGAAAAAGUGUUUAUUUCCAUGGAUUUUCCCCCCUCUCCUCCUAACCUAUUUGUUUAAAAAUUUAAAAAAAGGAAGAAAGAAAGAUAAAGAAGACAUGGGGGAACUCUUUUACCUUCCCCUUUCCGAGACAGUUACUCUCUUAUCGUUACCUUUAUGAUUCAAUACUAUGAUUCAAUACUGUGACCUGUACAUCAUGUUUAAGCUGAAUCAGAUUUUGGACCUCUGUAUUAGGCUUUUCAAGCAAAUCAUUUGGGGGACUGCGGGGGGGAGGGCAUCGCACGAGGGAGGGAACUGCACUUCUACAUUCAGUGCUCUAUAGCGUUGUGUUCAGUGCUGUGUGUUUUACUUUUGUCCAUUUACUUGUUUUACAUUAAUAUAAUUUUACUUGUUUAUGAAACAAAUAAAACUUUGGCUUGUAAAGAGUG